GCGGGGCCCAGGCCGGAGCAGGAGCCGCGCGCCGCACCCGCUGAACCAGAGUUUGUAUUUAGAGCACCAAUCAAAAUAAGCAAGCCUGGGGAACUUCAUGAGGAAUAUGAAAGUCUGAGAAAGCUGAGAGAAGAAAAGUUACAAGAGGAGAAAACCUCUGAAGAUCACAUCCACAAAUUGUUACCAGAGGAAACAGAAACAGGGAAAAGGAAAACAGAUGAACAAAAAAAAAGAGACGAACCAUUAGUAUUAAAAACAAACUUGGAGCAUUGUCCUGCACGUCUCUCAGAUUCAGAGAAUGAAGAACCUUCCCGAGGCAAGAUGACCCAAACUCAUCGAUCCGCAUUUGUUUCCAAGAACAGCUCUUAUUCCUUAGCUUUCUUGACAGGGAAUCUAAAUUCCAAGGUGGAGAGGAGUCAGAGCUGCAAUGACACUGCACAGGACAGAGUGAAGAGCAGACUCAGAGCAGCACCAACUAGCAAAGUCAAGGUCACAACUAUGACUCCAGCCUCCAACCCCAUCAUUGGUGUUCUGUUGUCCACUCAGAACAAUCGCUGCCUCUCAGCCCCGGACUUAACUAUUGAAAAGCGCCUGCCCUUCAGUUCCCUCUCUUCCUUGGCUUCCCUGCACAAGCCAGAGCGCUCCAUCAGCCCUGAAAGCAAUGACAGCAUCUCUGAAGAACUAAACCAUUUCAAACCUAUCGUUUGUUCACCAUGCACUCCUCCUAAGAGACUUCCUGAUGGUCGUGUGCUCAGUCCCCUGAUCAUCAAAUCAACACCCCGCAAUCUAAACAGAAGCCUGCAAAAGCAGACUUCUUAUGAGGCCAGUCCACGGAUCCUCAAAAAGUGGGAACAGAUCUUUCAGGAGCGACAGAUCAAAAAGACCCUUUCAAAAGCCACCCUCACCUCUCUGGCUCCAGAAACAGGGGAAGACUUACUAGUCUCUGAAGUUAUCCAUGCUAACAAGGAGAAACCACUUAUGGCUUUAAAUACAAAACAGUCCAGUGGGCAAAUGCUCUCUGAGUAUACUGAGCCUACUCCCACUGACCUUGAAUAUUUCCCCUCUGUUAGUCAAAUAAAAGCAGAACAGGGCAGUGAUAGUAAAAGAAGCAAUGAGAUCCCCGUGGAAACCUGCUGUUCUUCAGAAGUCAAAGGGGGAGCCAGUGGGACUUUAUUGGAAAGAGAACAGUUUGAAGGGCCAGGGUCAACCCCAGAUGCCAGCUUAGACAAAAUCUAUAUCAGCACUGCCAUGAAAAUCUCCGCAGGUAAUUCAGUGCUACCCAAAAACAGUGUUUUGGGUGGGGUCCUGAAAACAAAGAAACAGCUGAAGACAGUAAAUCAUUUUGAUCUGCCUAAUGGUGUUCUUGCAGACAGCCGCGGUGAGGAGCCACUUCCGUCCUUACGUCGGGGCCGGAAAAGACACUGUAAGACUAAGCACUUAGAACAAAAUGGCUCCCUUAAGAAACUGCGACAAAGCAGUGGUGAGGUCGGUCUGGCCCCCGCAGACCCAGUACUGCGAGAGAUGGAGCAGAAACUGCAGCAGGAGGAAGAGGACCGACAGCUGGCUCUGCAGUUGCAGCGCAUGUUUGACAACGAGAGGCGGACUGUGAGUCGGCGGAAAGGGAGCGUCGAUCAGUAUCUCUUACGGUCCAGCAACAUGGCGGGAGCCAAGUAGCACCUAAUGGGCAGUAUUUCUUAUUUUUAAGAGGUCUUUGGACUUGAUCAUUUUUCCUGAGGAGCUGAGUGUUCUCACUUUGGGUUUCUUUUAAUGGCAAAACACUGUCUCACAUGGUUCUGAGAGGGUCCAGGCCCUUGGUAGUCUGCAUCCAAGGGGACUACAUCUCUGCCUCCUUGAGACCCAGGCCAGAAGCACUCCUCGCCUCCCAAGUGACCCGCCUGUGGACUUUGGGUCGAAUCUGACUGCACCCACUUGGAAUGAGAUUCAGGAACACAGUGGUCAAAGUUAAACAUGGUAGAGGAAGGAGGGGAUACCAUCCCAAAUUGAUAGACCUCCUGACUUCUUUCAGUAGGAUGGUGUUUUACAUCAGCCUUGCAGAUAAAAAUUAGUUCUGUCUUUUCAAAGAAUAGAACAGGGUAGUUCUUUGGCAGAUCCAAAAUGAUAAGUUGUCACGUGUUCCCCUACCCCCCCACCCUCCUUCCCCUUGCCACAACUAAAUAUGCCUAAUGAAAUCAGUUGACCUAUGAGUCUGCAAAAGUUAAUGUACAUUCCCUGUUUAAAAAAAAACAACAUGUGAUUAAUGCUGUAUGAUUAACAGGCCACAUUCAUAGUCAUUGUUUAAUUUGGUCUUCCCAAGAGACCUUACAUGUCAGUGGUAUUAGACCUGUUUUAAGAUGAUGAAACUGCAGUGCAGAUGGCCAGAUUUUCUCAGUUACUAAAUGGUAUAGCUGACAACAAAUCCCAUGGAUUUUCCACAUUAACAGGUUGCUGUAGUGGAUUGAAACUCAAGGGCAUGCCAGGAAAAGCUGAAUACCAGUUGUGCAAAGUCCACCAGAAGGUUGACUGAAAGUUUAAUCAAAUGCUGUGCACUUGUCCCCACCCCCACAGUUUACAGCCUUCUGUUUUCCUGGUGGGUUCCACCUCUGUCAGAUAAACUACAGUUGGACUGCAUUAUUGCUAUCUACUUGGCCAAGGGUUAUCUGCAAUGUUCAUCUAAAAUCCAAAAAGUGUGGCCAAAAGUCAGGCAAGGGCUGGAACUCUAUUCUUUGGAAACAAGGUAUCUAGCUGGAUGCAGCUGGUAAAUUCAGUCCCAUGGACCUGUGGGGUUUAUUUUCCAUAGCUGGUGACACCAUGUGUCUUUUGCAUCCCUGGUGGUGCUUGGUGCUUCUGCCCAUCUGGGCUCAUUGAGAAUAAGGAUUAAGAUAUGAUUUUAGGGACUCUCAGGUGGGCAUGUAUGAGCUGUUACUAUUAAGUCAUGGCAUUUUAAUGAACUUUCCAAAGCUUAGAUUUCCCAGCGUGUUUUGUCCCCUUGCGUGGCCCCAGCAGAUUAUGCAUAGUUUUUCCAGUGAUGUUGCCAUUGGCAAAAACUUUUGGAACUGUCCUCAAAGUCUAGAAAUUUCUAGAAACGCAGACUCCUAAAUUAUCAGAACUAUAAGAACCUUAUUGGUCGUCUAUUGCACCCUCCUUCCCUUAUUAAAGCAGAACGUAAGGUCCCGAACAGUAAUUCACUGAUCAUGGUUACUAGGGAUUUAUUAUGUUUAGAUUCUUCGGUAAUUUUGCUUGCUCCCUACCCCUUCUCUGGGCAAAUCUCCAAUCUUUGGGGAUAAUCAUAGGGGGAAAAAAAUUAAGUUCAAUACUAGUCAGAAACUAUUUGAAGUUUCUUUAAAUGAAGGUGGUUAUCAAGAGGCAUGAAUGAGGGGCAGCUGUAAAGCAGUUACCCUUGUACAGUUCAAAAACAGUCCCCAAAGAGACGUUCCAGAGAUGUCUUAAGCAUUGUGGUUGUCAUGAGAUAUGUGGAACCUCCUCAGUGAUCACUUUGAUGGGGAGCGUCACUCUCCUGAAUAUGUGUUCUGUGUCCCUAGUAUUUCUGUGCACACGUGCAGAUUUCUGUUUUUAAAAUCCCUUGAUAUUCACACCAUUUCAGUUCUCUGCCCCACCAGCAACAUAUACCUUCCAGAGGCUGCUGGAGGAUUACUAGUGCCCAAGAUAGAAAAGUUGGCAAUGGUCUGCAGAGGACAGGGAGGUAACCUCACUAAAAGCCCUUAGAGAAAACAUUAGAUACUGCAAUUUCACAGUUCCUUUUUGAGCUUAGUAAAUAUUCUUGGAAGGCUAGUCUUAUUGGUAGUAGCAAAGACACGUAUUUUUCCACUUGCCACCUUUUUCUAUGUCCCCAGUAAUUUGAAAGACACUUUUUAGUUGGAACUGAUUUUUGGUUUUGGAAGAAAGAUACAUAUUUUUAAUAGAUAAAGAUUAUAUAUUUUAAAUAUUUCCCCAAAGUAAUAAUUUCAUUUUAAGAAAUUGCAUAGCAGUUGCAACAAGUUUUAGCUUCAGGUUUAGAAUGAGAAGCUACUUCUUGUUGAGAACUAUUCCAAAUGCCCGAUCCAGUCUACUGACUUCCCUCCUGAACCUACUUACUGGUGCCAAAAAUGGCAUUGAUGGUUGUCCCUUUCCAAAUGUCCCACCGAGCUGGAGUCCUUCAGACACAGACAAAGCAGUCUAGGUUAAACAGGGAUGAAGCUUAUUUAAUCUUUAAGGCUUUGGAGGGAAAAAAACCCCACUAAGGUAUUACCUGUAUUUUAAGAUGCUGAGCCCUUCCUGAAAAGCUCCCCCUUCUGUGUGUGAUCACAAAUGGAAUUGUCAGCAUGAAUUAUUUGGAGGAAUAAAGACACGUAAGGAAGCUAGAACGAUGAGGGCCUGUGAGCUAGAAUGAGGGAUACACGAUUUUAGAAAGCAAGCAAAUCACUGGAAUCCAGUUCACUACUAACUUCCUUGCUUGUGCAUUCUAUAUUGUUAUUAAAGGGGAAGUUAUGAGAGGCUGGUGAUGGAGGUCAUUCUGAUGGAAAUCCAGGUAGUGGUGGUCCCUGGGAAGGGGCCUCUCAGCUCUUUUUCAUAGAGUGGGGAAGAUACCUUGGGAACAUAGUCACGGCCAAGUGAUUGUACCUACCAGAAGAGGUCCUCUGGGCCUGUUGGGUUGCUGUCCCAUCAGGGGAUUAUGCAUUCACCCCCUGGCCCCUCUUGGAAAGAUUAAUUCUUCUUGGCUGAAGCUUCCCAAGAGAAUUGUAAGUGACUUCAUAUAAAAAAAUUUUUUUAAAUUUUUGCUUUGAGGAAGCACUGGUGAUAACGCCGUCUGAGUUUUUGGGUUUUUUUGUUGUUAUUGUUCCCUAAAGAAAAAAUGCCCUUAAGAGAUUAAAGCUGCUUAAGUAAUUGUUGUAUGAUUACAAAUUGACUAAAGUGGGAAGGUGCCACUGUGUUUAACUGGUGAAGCUGAUGACCGAAGGCUGUGCUGUUGCCUUUCUGUUCCAUUUAACAAACAUUUCCUGAGCUUCGAACUUGUGCCAACCCUGUGUGGGGUCAUGGAGAUAUGAAGAUGUAAAGGACAGUCCCUGCUCUUGAGCUCAAUGUCUAAUGAAAUGUAUUUGAAUGUAUGUGUGGCUGGAGAGUUUGUUAAUGGUCUAAUGAAAGGCUGCUUCUUAUUAUGAUCUUAUAAUAUUAUCUGGCACCAAGUAGGUGGCCUUGAACAUUUUCAGUAUCCUGAUCAGUGUUUGUGAACUUGAUUAUAACCCUGAUUUCCAUUUUCUAAGUUUUACCAAAAGAGAAUGAGGUGGAAGGGAGAAAAAUUGAAGACUGGAUCAUAAUCAUAAAAUGUUAUAGCUGGAAUGAAUAAAGUCAAGCCCCCCCCUCUUGCCUAAGAUAAAAGGGUCAUGAAGUCCAGUGUCCUAUUCCUUGUUUACCACUGUAAACAGAAGGAUCUAAAUAAGUAGACUUUUAAGUUACACACACAAACACAAUUUGCUAGUGAGAGGGACCCCCAAAUGAUUGAGGAGGCUCUAAAAUUUUUCUUGCAUUUUUAUUUUCAGUUAGAAUUAAAAUGGACCUAUAUUCCCUGAAUAUAUAUCUGGUAGGGAAAAAAACCCUGUCAUGUGAGUAAAGCAAAUAUAUCUUGGGAAAUGAUAUAUUUUUAUUGGAAUGUCAUUUUAAUGGUUACAGGUAAAAACUAGCCAACCCUUCAUUUUCCUUUGAAAAUCAAGUACUUUCUUAAGGACUUAAAUCUUUGCAGCCAAUCUUUUCCUCAUCAGCCUAUGGAGUGGUCUUUUUGGUCUGGUUUUGAGAAGUGAGCAUAAACUGUAUGAGUUUUAUGACAAUGAGGAAAGCCUUCAGUUUUGGGGAGUGGUAGGAGUAGCAGGGAGAUUUCAGGAAAUAGAGGCUGCUGAAUAGACUUUCUCCAAAGAUGUAGAAAUGCAUCUUUACCCAUGAUUGUGACCUACUGUAACUUCCUGAAGAUUAUUCUACAGAAAAGGACUUGACAUUGCAGGGGUCACCAGUUUAGAGGCUGGUUAAAUUGAAUGAAGGAAAAGAGCCAAGACUGUGCACAUUAUUAGUACAUUAUCAGUGUUUUUUUUUUUUCUUUCUUUUUUCUUUUCCUUCCUUGGGAAAAAAAUUCACAUUUUACUUUGUGAGUAAAUGCUUCUUUAAUGUGUAAAUGCGGAGGCAACCUCAAACCUGGGGUGUGCUCCCUUCACAUUUUCUCAAAUUAAGAACUGGCUGGACAAAGCCAAGGUAAAGCCAGGUUUGUUCAUCUUCCUGUUGACAUAGAGUGAAAACAGGCAACGCGCUCCUCAGAAACCAGGCCCCAGAGCUCAAGGGUCACUUUGGACACUGGCAGCAGUCCCACCACUUCUACACUGUGCCAACGAUGGUAGCAAUUGCUGUUCCUCAGUGGUUUCAACCCUCAGUCUCCAGCAGAACACAUAAAGCCUGAGAGAGAAAGGGGAAAAACUUACCUUAAGUACCAACUAAUGGAUUUUCCACCUUGGUACCCUGUUUACUUUCAACUCUGUACAAACACAGUUGUCCUUAACCCCUCCCACCUAGAAAUAGAAAAUGGAUUGUAUACUGGUUUUACUCAACCUGCUGUCUGCAUUAGAAUUGGGGAAGGGGCCUGGGUCCUGAUGGGCUGCCUCUCCUGACUGCCUCUUCUCCGGUUCAUCAUAAAGAGUGUUUGACAAAGACAGAGGACUCAGAACAGGGUGUGCCCUUCGAGGAAUGCUUCUGCCAACAAGGAAAUGUCAUGGAGUCAAAUGGGAUGAUGUGUAGUUUAUUAAAACAAUACCAAAGCGCAUUCUUCACUGUAUAUUUGCCUGCUUGAGGAGAGGCCCAAGUUGAGAACACAGUAAAGCAAACUCAUGAAUAUGAAUGUUAUUUUUCUACUCAAAGUCUUACUUCUGGAGAAGACAGACUGGGGCUAAGC